UACGUAAAUUUGAAAGAAUUUUUUAACGAGCCAAUCCGUGAUUAAAAUGUUCGUGCAAAUGUUGUUUCGAGUCAAAGUUACGAAAACGUUUGAAAAUAGAGAACAAUCAGAACGUGACCGACCAUCGUAGAGGUUACAUUGCCGGUAGCUCUUUCCCAUUUAUUUCCGUAAUGUUGGAAGGUGUCAAGCAUGUUUUGCUAGUGCUAUCCGGCAAAGGUGGUGUUGGAAAAUCAACCAUCAGUACGCAAUUAGCACUCGCGCUCAAGGAGUCCGGAUUUCGUGUUGGUUUAUUGGACGUCGAUCUAUGCGGACCCAGUGUGCCUUACCUGUUAAAUUUAGAAGGCAAAGAUGUUCAUCAAUCUUCGGAUGGAUGGGUGCCGGUGUUUGCGGACAAGGAACAAAAAUUAGCUGUUAUGUCGAUAGGGUUUUUAUUAAAGAAUCAAGAUGACAGCGUUGUUUGGAGGGGUCCGAAGAAAACCGGCAUGAUUAAACAAUUUUUAACCGAUGUUGUUUGGCAAAAUAUUGAUUAUUUGAUCAUCGAUACACCACCGGGAACCUCGGACGAGCAUAUCACAGUGAUGGAAAAUUUAAAGAAUGUUAAAUGCGAUGGUGCACUUAUAGUAACCACUCCGCAAGCAGUCGCGGUAGACGAUGUUUUGAGAGAAAUAACAUUUUGUAGAAAAACUGGUAUUCAUAUAUUUGGUAUUAUCGAGAAUAUGAGUGGUUUUGUCUGUCCGUCAUGCUCGGAAUGUACAAAUAUUUUUUCCGCCGGCGGAGGAAUAGCUCUUUCGAAAAUGGUGAACGUACCGUUCCUCGCUAAAGUGCCCAUAGACCCGCAAGUCGGUAAAUUAGCGGAAACCGGGCAGAGUGUUUUAGUAAUGCUACCGGACAGUCAGGUAGCGCAGGUAUUUCGGAAACUAGUCGAAGAACUUACGAAAAGCAAGGAAGCAUGAAAGCGGUGUAAAUUAAUUACAACUGGAACCGAUAUGCGCAACAAAAAAUAUGCAUUUCCAUUUUUAAAAAUUAUAUAUAUAUAUAUAUAUAUACAUCUCUUUAAGAUGUAGUAAUUCACGGGAUCGCAAAGGGG